CAGUCACGGCUCAUGUUAUGACCAGCGAAUGGGAAAUUAAAAGUUUUGUUUUGCAGACGCGGCCUCUUUUCACAUCACACACUGGACUAAACAUUGCUGAGGUGUUGAAAUCUGCUGUUUUGGAGUGGGGACUCGACAAUAAUCAAGGCAUUGCUGUCGUAACAGACAACGCAAGGAAUAUGGAUGUAGCGGUGAGAGAGGCCGGUCUUUCCCCACACAUAAAGUGUUUUGCCCACACUUUAAACCUCGCUUCAAAAGCGGGUUUUAACGUAAACCGGGCAAGCCGUCUGCUUGGUAGAGUGAGGCGUGUAGCUGCGUUUUUUCACCGCAGUUCAACUGCCACAGCUGUGCUGGCCACCAAACAGGGAAUGUUAAACCUGCCUGCGCAUAAACUCAUCAUGGAUGUGGUCACAAGAUGGAACAGCUCGCUUGACAUGCUCGAGCGCUACCUGGAGCAACAACAAGCUAUCGCUGCAACGCUACUCAGUGCUGAAGUCAGGCGCAACGCACGCGAGAUAGACACUCUGGAACCAGCUGACAUCACGGACGCCGAGGACAUGGUUCGGCUUCUCUCACCGCUGAAAAAAGCAACCACCGUGCUGUGCGAUGAGUCUCGACCUACAGUCUCUCUCAUUGUGCCCCUCAAGCACAUGAUAGAGCAAAGCAUGGCACAGUGCGAUGAGGACUCCUCCACCAUCGCCCAAAUGAAGAGAGCCAUACUGAAGGACUUUACAGACAGAUACCAAGGGGAGCAAAACAAGUUUCUGCAAGUGAGCACUGCAUUGGACCCCCGGUUCCGGAGCUUGCACCAGCUAAAUGACAGUCAGAGGGAGGACGUUUUCGACAGGCUGAAGUUGAAAGCCACACAGAUGCAGAACCAGAACCCUAGUGAAACAGAAGGGGAAAGAGCACAUGACGCUGAGGAACAAUCUCCUCCUUCCAAAAAGACAGCACUCGAAGAUCUCCUUGGGGAGUCUUUCAUUAAAGAAGUGCACGUCGCACAGCACAACACUGGUAUCGAGGCUGAAAUUGACUUGUACCGCAAAGCGACCUCUAUUUUACUCUCUGACUGUCCUCUCAAGUGGUGGAGAGACAAUGCAAAGUGUUACCCACUGCUGUCCCCCAUGGCCGAAGCAUAUCUCUCUGUCCCAGCCACAUCAGUGCCGAGUGAGAGUUUUUUCCACAGCAGGGGAUAUUGUAAACGCCCAAAGAUCCCAGCUUCUACCUGGAAAUGUUGACAUGCUCAUCUUCCUGAAAAAAAACCUGUCUGAUGAGUGAGAGAGAGUUUGAGUUGAGUUACUUGAAAUCUAUUUUAUUGCAGGGUCUGAUUAUUGAAUUUUCUUGUUUAUUUGCACAAAGAAAAUGCAUACUUUUGUUUGGUAGUACUUGUUCUUGUUCCAGUCUGUUACUGUUUUGACACUUUAAAUGUACUACUAUACUAAAAUGCUGUACAAAUCAGAUUUAUUA